AUGGACAAGCGGCGGAGGAUUGAGGGAAAAGGCGGCGGCCGUGGAGUGGAGGAGAACACAAUGGCACUUCUCGACACCUCGGGCUUCAGCAGCUCGAAAAUCGCCCACCACCUGGACGACGAUCGGCUUGCUUUUCUGGAAGCUGUUCGUACGGCUUCUCUUCUUCCUGAUAACGGAAGCGCACCUACCCCGAAAAUGUGUGAGGCCAUCUUCCGUAUUCUGAAGGACGUGGACUCUCUUGAUUUAAUAAUUGAAAGUUACCAGCUUCUUGUUGAAUUGGAUAAGCGGUUUCCUCGAGUAUAUCUAUCCAAGGAUCAAAAUUCAUCGUCACCUUUAAAAAUCACCUCCCAAGUAAUUCUAGUUGAAGAGGCUUGGCUACCUUUUAACCUCGGGCUGGACAGUUACAGGGAGAAGGGAACAGGAAAAAAUCAUUUAGUUGAUGCCGCGGGUUUCCAUGCAAUUAUACAAGAAAUUGCUGAAAUGGCUAAGGAAUUGAAAUCUGAAGCAAAAGGAACAACUUUCCUGAAGAACAUGUUGCUGCUUCAAUAUCUUAUCACUGUUCUUGAACGAGAUUUCUUACCUCGCAUUCACAAUUAUCAUGAAAGUAUGAAUUGGAAUGUUCUCAGAGAAUCACUGCUUAGCCUGCUUCUGGGAUCAAGAAAAGUUAUGUACAAGGGGUUAACAAAGGACUGUUUGUUGAUCAUGUGCAACAUGUUUCAAUCACCUGAGUUUUCUGAAGAAACUAGCGCCCAUGAAAGUUCUACGGGAGAGCUACUGCAUGAAACUAACCGUGCUGUAGCAUUAGCUUUACCUGAUGCAAAAAAAUCUACUUGUACUGUCCUGAAGAAACUGUUCGUGAUGAUCAUGGAGUUAGAUUCAUCACGAAAGAUUGCUGAUCAGCAAGGGCUUACUAGUAGGGCUGAUGGCGUAAGGACCCCUAUUGCGGAAAUCAUUUUGGAUGAACUCAUUUACGACAAUGACAUCCUUUAUUCAUUUCUUCAGGUCUUUGAUCCGAAAUGGAAGCUUGAUAUUAUUGUACAAUAUUUCCAGAAGUAUAUUCCAAAGGCAUGUUGCCUCCUUUCACUUUGUUUAAGGAUCUAUUCUUCUGUUCAAACGAGGAGAUCAAGUGAUAAGAUCAAUAUCGACAAUUUUGAUGGAAUUUUGAAGUGCCUGUCUAACAGCAACAGAACCAGAAGUAUAAUUAAAAAGAUGAGCUCGGAGGUCGUUCAGUUGCUUCUGGCCUAUGCUUUCCAGGCAUAUGUGGAGUUAUCAUAUCAUGCCUCUGAAGGCUUGUCUAAUAUGGCGGAGCAUGACAAAAGCAAUUCAGUUGUGGAAGUUUGCAAAAACAUAGUAUCUGCUUUUACCUGUCUCAAACAAGAAGAUCCGUAA